AUGAGAUUGUUCAAAAUAAAGGCUCUAAUCCAAUAAUAAAAGAAAAGGACAAGUUAACUAUUUAAUUAAUUUGAGAAAAAAGCUAAAGAGCUAGAAAGUUCAAACAAGCCAAUGAAGAAAAAAAAAGAAGAUGCUAAAAAUUUGAUUUUCAAGCUAAUAGAGGAUUUUUAAUCAGAAAAUAUGAGAUUCAUUGAGGGAUUGAAUUUGAGUGGAUAAAAAAACCAAGUUCCCUUCGAUAAAUUAAAAUUAAUAUUUGGCUGA